AGGUUACUGAAAAAUAUGCUUUAAACUAUUGUGGGGACGAAUCGUUUGAACAAAAAUACCAUUUCGCUCCCAACACACCGUGAAAAGGAUUUUGAUGCAAUUCAACAUGUAAAUGACAACACUUAUCCUGGGAGCCCCUCUCUCUCUCUCAAACGUUUGUACCUCCGAAAUAUACGGUUAGCGAUGGAUUCGCCCAACUCAUAGGGAUAGCCGUUGCGUUUGAGACGCUCUUUUUCCGAGUGAUAAAUAAACAAACAAAAGUAUAUAAAUCAGCAUGGACUCCAAAAAGAAGCAGCCUGCCAAGAAAAUGGGGAAGAAACAAUUUAAAAACUAUACUCUCCUGAAUGGAGUCCCUAUUACUGACAUGCCUAAAGAACAGCUGGAAAAUCACUUUCUUCAAUUGCAACAAGUAGUAGAGCACGAGAGAGAAGAGAGAAACUAUUAUCAGUUAGAGAGAGACAAGAUACAGUUGUUCUGGGAAGUAACAAAGCAGCAGAUGGAAGAAAAAGAUGCUCUCCUGCAACUUAAGGACAGUGAAGUCGAUGAAGCUGCCUUGAACCAUUUAGCAGAAAUAAAAUUAUUUAAACAAAAAAUGAAACACAUCAUGUUUGAAUGCCAGCAGUAUAUUGAUGAAAGAAUGAAAGAAAAGACAAGUGAGAAAUUAAUAUUAGAAGAAGAACAUCUUGUUGAAGUGAAUCAUUUAGAAGAUGAAGCAAAUAAAUUAAAGGAUCAAUUUUUUCAAUUACAAAUAGAUAACGGAAAUGCUAUUAUUAAUCAAAGAUUAAAACAUGCUGAAGAUUUAUGUUCCCUACAUCAACAAUAUCAAAAGGAAACAGAUAUUUUGAAAAGUAAAGAAGUCGCCGAAAUCGGAGCAAUCCGUCACAGAUUAGAAAGAGACAGAGAAAAGGCCAUUCAAGAAAUACAGAAGAAAAAAGAUAUGCACAUAGAACAUUUAAUUCAAAUGCAUGAAGAAAUGUUUCAACAAAUGAAAAAUUAUUACAAUGAUAUUAUUAAAAAUGAUAUCUUGUUAAUAAAAUCGCUUAAGGAUAAAAUCAAAGACUUGCUAAGAAAAGAAUGUCACUAUAUUGAAACCAUUAAGAAUUUAGAGGCAAAAAAUGAUGUGUUAUCCAGUGCAUUUAAUGAUUUUCUGCAGAUAAAGUCCAGGCAUCUAAAGAAAGUGGAUUCUAAAGAUGUAUUCUAUUUUCAGAAGAAACAAGAAGAAAAAUCCCAAAAGAUUCUGCAUGAUAAUUUAUCUGGUAAAAGUCUAACUAAACCUCAAAACUGGAAAAUUUUGGAAAAUGAUCUCUUGUAUUUUCAGCAGACAGUUGAUGGUGUUCCGAAUAUUUCUAGUCAUUUUGUGAAUGAUCAUUGGAAAAGAAGGAACAGCUGGUAAAAUUUUCAUAAAAGAAUGUACUUUCUGAAUAAUAAUAAAACUUCUGUCAUUCCAGUACCA